UGAUGAUUAUGAGUAUUUCUUGUGAGUUAGAAGAGCAGUUCCACCUGUAUCUUUCCAGGUGCCUUCUGGCGGUAACGGAUGGCUUCGGCCGCACUUAUAACGGUUAUGUGCUGCAGUGGUGCAUUACAAUAUGCUCAAUGGCGAAGCGCGGCCUACUCAGUCGGCCGGCCCUACAUGAGCUCCAUUUGCGUUAAAGAGAACAAAGCGAAAGAAAAAGCCCUGAUGCGGAACACCAUUGCUAAUGAGAGCUCGAAAAGUUACGGUUCGUACCAACUUAUCUACUGCCAACUGCUCAGACCAACGACAGGAAUCAACUCGCUCUGAUCUGACUAGAUCAAGGAGACCCAAUGACAGGGAUGCCGCUAUUUCUCAUCCAUGAGUUGUUCUCCAGCGAAGGAUCUGGAGACUAAUAGUAACAGAAAUAUAGCACUC